AUGCAGCGUUGCGUGCCUUUCAACAUGGGUGUUCGGCGAGGUCAAGUUGCCUUCGCUGGGACCCUUGUAGCAGCGAAUUUCGCUCCAUUUCGCUUUUCAAGCACCUUCGCCUUCCCUGCUCUUGAAGCGCCCGAGAUCACAUGGACUGAGCCGUGUGCUCACUAUGGCCAUCGCUUUCAUUCCAAGAAGCUGCCUGAGGGCCUGAGGUAUUGCCGCGAGUUCAUCACAUCCGCAGAAGAAGAUGGCCUAGACCAGUUGCUGUCCGAUGGCCCAUGGCUUAGACACAUCAAGAGCAGAGCCCAGCAAUUCUUCGGCCUGGUGUACUAUGAGACCACACACGAGCUACCGGCACUUCAGCCGAGCCAUCCACACGCUGAGAAUGAGGCCAGGCCACUUCAAGAUGUCCCAGAUUGGUUGAUGCAGCGAGUCUUCGCCACGGGGGUGUUUCCGAGAAACGAAGUGAAUCAGGUGGCGGCCAACGAGUACUUGGAUCGUGCUGGAAUCUCCUCCCAUGUAGAAGAGCCGACGUCCUUUGGUCCGAACUUGGCCACACUCUCCAUGCUCUCUCCAGUGGAGAUGACGCUCACCCCCGCAGAGGAGGAUCUGCACGGCAGGGAUGGCCUGGAUCACGGCAACUGGGUGAAGAUUCUGCUGGAGCCCAGGAGUUUGCUGCUCCUCCAAGGUGAGAGCCGCUAUGGCUUUCGACACGGCAUCCGAAGGUCCAAGCUGGUUCGCUUAGCCGAUGGACAGCAGCUGCGGAGAGGUCCAGGCUAUCGCAGGGUGUCCUUGACCUUCCGAGAGCUCUUGCCAAGCCGUCGGCAGCUGGCAGUCGGAGCUUCGGGGAGGCCGACGUGA